GCUGCAUCUGUGCCCUGAGCUGUGAGCCUGAUCCUGUCCAGCUCCCUGCUCUGCUAGGAAACAGCCUUCCUCUGCUAGCUCCAGAUCAGCAAUUCCCGGGCGGGGAGAGGCUUGAGGGUACCCCACAAGGAGGAAUUCCCAAGUGCGCCUUCCUGGGUCUAAAGGGGUUUUGGAUGGUGGCAGCAUCUACCCAUCCAAGGUCAGAGAGAAGCUGUAAUCUUGGGAGUUUAAUACAAACCUGGAGUGGCCAGUAUUAAUUUUUAGAAUCCUUGCAGGCCCCCACCUGCCAGAGUGGGAAAUCAGCCUUGACAGGUCCCUUCCAUGGUGCUGUGCUGUUAUCUGGGACUUCCCAGCCUAGGAGGGGAGCAGCUCUCGGCAUCAUACAUCGGUCUAUGGCAGAGGGAGACCCAUCCAGGCGCUGGGAGCUGGAGAGACAGGAUGUCAAGCGGGCUGAAGCCCGGCUCAGCCAUGGGCUGCAGGACUUAGAGGAAGCACGAUUCUACCAAAUGAAUUCAAUGAUCAAAGAGCAGAGGCAGAUCCAGAAGGAGCUACAGAAACUGCAACAAGGCAAUUCCCGGAAGAAGGCCCAUGUGACUCUCGGGGACCUCUCCCAGGAGGUUGGUAAAAGGUCAGCUCUGCCCAUGCUCCCAACUUCGUCAGGGCAGCAGCACAGCAAGAGACGAGUGGAGCAACUGAGAGCACCGAGAAGUACUUUGCCCAAGAUGGAGGGACCCAGACAGGCAGCCCAAUCACCCUUGCAGCAUCAGACAUGCGACCAUGAUGUCCUGGAUAAUGCGGGGCAGGAGUCCUCUGGAAGGCAUGGGUCAACUUCAACAUGCACCCAGACCAAAGCUGCAAGCUCCAUCACAGACAUCAGCCUGUCAGACCUCAGGCAUUCCAUCGCUAGGCGGCUGAGCACCUCUGCCAAUCCGGCAGAGCACGAAGAAACCAACAGCCAAGGAGAGCUGGGUACAGGCCCCACAGUGCUGCCCUGUGGACAGACAGAGGCCAGCGAUGUGGAUGGCAGUGACACCAUGCCCAAGCCCACUAGCUGCACAGAGAGAAAGAAGCCUUCCCUUGGCCACGAGAAGCUAAGUUCUGAUACAGAUCCAUAUGCCUCAGACAGAAGCCACCUCAGACCCAUGCACAGCAGGCCUGGGUUUCUGGAGUUGUAUGCUGAAGCCAGGAAGGCCCGGUAUAUCCGGCACAAGGGCAUUCCAGCCUCAGAGAAGGAACUCAGCCUGCAAGAGAUCUUUGGGCAUGAAAACAGCUUAGACUCCAGCCCCCCAGGAGCAGCACAACCCUGAAUGAUGGCUCCUUCCCCUAAGAGAGGCUUGUGAGGGUCAGCCACAGGAAAAGGUGGUCUGCCCUGCUGUCUGGAACAGCCAGCUAGCCGGGGUUAUAAAGUCGUAGAUUGUAAGUGUUAGGGGGCUUAUUCCUUCACCCGCUCACUUCCCUGGUCCUUCUCGCAUGAACAGAGAGCAACAAUACCCGAAGUCCGAAGGUGCAAACAAUUCAAUGUUUAUUGGGGUGAACUUCCAGAAAGCAAUGAUUCCAAUUUCCUUCCUUAGUGUUCCCCAUCCCAGCUCUGACACCACAGAGCCUUGACUGUGUCCCUGUUCCCAUUCUCUGUUCCCAUGCCCACCCUUAGCAAAACAUGUAACCCUUCUGUCCAUCUAAGUUGGCAGCAACAAGGGCCAGGUUCUGUAUCUAGGGGUUCCGUUUCAAUAAUGCAAUGCAAAACCGGCUCAAGCCCCCACCCAGUGACCUGGGACAAUUACAUACCACCCCCUGGGUGCCUCUAAGAGGCAAUACUUCCCCUCUCGCAAGCACGGAGUCUGAGUGUAACAGAAAGUGUUUAAUAACAUGAGGUAAACGACAUCAGCAUUAAAUUGGAAAAAACACCACAAACAGGAUUCAUAAAACAAACCAUGAGCAAAAAAAACCCACCCCAGCAAGUUGGGCUGUGUCCUUUCCCUUGGGUUCUUGAAUCCAGCAACCCAAAAAUCACCCAGAGUCCCCAAAGUCCAACAUCCCUGAAGUCUCUUGGGUCCAGCAACCACCUAAAGUCCCAAAAGUCCAACAGACCUUAAGUCCAACAGACCCCAAAGUCUCUGUCCCUGGCCAGUGCAGCCCUGGAGUAAAAGGGCGGGGGGGCCACGCAGGGUGUUAAGGGGCACCUUACGUGAUCCGAGGCCAGCUGGCUGUCUCUCCGUGGGGUUCUUCCACAGCCUUCACCACAAGCCAGUCCAGCCAUCCCACAAACUGCUCCGCUCCCCAACCUGUGAGCUGCUCCAGCCAUCCCCCGCAAACAGCUCCGCUCACCAUUCCUUCGGCUGCUCCAACCAGCCCCACAACUUGCUCUGCCAGCUGCUUAGCAAUAUAGCUUCAGGCUCCCCCACUAGUUAACACAGUACUCAGUGAUCUCAGCUCCUAAUAACUUUAGGUCUUUUGUGAUUUCAGCACUUAGCAAUUUCAGCUCAUAGUAGGGGAGCCCCAGUGUUAGUACACUAUUGGCCCAAAGUGAAUUCAGCUCAGCAGCCUGUAACUAGACUUCUAAUGGAAUCAAAGUUAGCUCUGACAUUCAGCAGUGGAGAGAGAAGGUAGUACAAUUAGUGUUUCAAACCCCCCAGAGGGGGCCCAUACCAUCAGGUACAAAUACCUGUCCCCAUCCUCUCUUUCAAUUCACUGGGUUUUGUAACCCAUGCCCCUUGUCAAGGGAGUGCUACUUAGGUAAUGGUGAAGGACUCACUCAGUCCUUCUGUCAUACAACAGUUCCACUGGCCUUGAUUCACAGAAUCAGGGUAACAAAACUUUAUUCUUCCUGCCCCAAUAACAGAGAAACUGGGGAUCCCACACCAGCCAAAGUAACCACUUUGAGUUGCUGUUGUUUCAUGCCAGGCGAGUGGGUGUGCCUAUGCAAACAAGAUCAGCCUCUGGAGUUCUUUUCCACACUCGCCAUAAUUCACCACCAGAUGUCAGGGUAGAGCUCAUCCUGACUGCUUACAAACAUGAUUCCAAUUCCCCCCUUUUAUUUCCUAAUUGACUGCAGACUAUGUAGUAAAACUUGAGUUCUGCUUAGCUAUACCUUAAUCAAUCAUUUUACUGAAAUUUAACUAACCAUUCCUAACAUAUUGUAACAAGAUUAUCUAACCAAUUAUCUCCCACCACCUUAAUUGGUUUACACCCAACAAAAUUAAUUAUACAGCAGACAGAAACAAUCACAGAACCAGACAGAGAUUAUACAGACAAACAAUAGGGAAAUGGAGACUACAAAGAGAACAACAAAGAAAUGAGGAUUUCACACCCCAGCUAUUGAUAAGUGAGUUCUUGCCAGACAGGAUGCUAUCAAAAUAAGUUUUCUUUAAAUCUUCUAGGCUCUUCCCUUUCUCUGGAGGUGAUAGAUUGGAUCACCUUUUUAACAGCCCAAAACUGCCUUAUUUCAGUGUGAGUGGUGAGGACCGUGACCCUUCUCUUCCCAGUUUAUGGUUGCCUCUGCUGCUUAGUUAAAGACCUUAGCCUAAGAACAAGGCCUUAGACUAUCAUAGUGAGAGAAGGCCUAUAAGCAGGCAGACUGAUUUUGAUUCUUGUUUUGUACUUCUAUAACUAGCUAAGUGAUAAGAAUACACCUAAACUCUUAAAGUAUAGGCCUUUGCAGACAGGCCUGAAUAUCUAUAGCUACUAAGGCCAUUAGGGCAUCUAGUCUGACCUUUUUAAGACAGACCAGGGAAUUUCACCCAGCUACUGCCCAUAGCUUCUGCUUGAGCUACGGCCUAGCUUUUUGAAAGAGACACCACCUCCUGAUGGAAAGAUUUCAUCUGAGGAAGAAUCCACCACAGCCCUUGGGAAGGUGUUUUACCCUCACUGUAAAUAAGUUGCCACUUUCUCCCAAUCUGAGUUUAUCUAGCUUCAACUUCCUGCUCUUGGCUCUCAUUUUACCUGUGUCUGAUAGAAUGAAGAGCCCUCUUCUCUCAGAAAUCAUCUCCCCAUGGAGGUACUGGUAGCCCAUAAUCAAGUGGUUUCUUAACCUUCUCUUUGAUCAGCUAAAGAGAUUGAGCUGAAUUUCUCUCACUCACUCACAGGCAGGAUUGCCAGACCUCAAAUCAGUCUCGCGACUCUUCUCCGAACCCUUUCAGCAUCCUUGUAGAAGUGUGGGCCCCAGAAGGGCCACAGUGUCUGGUAGUGGUCUCACUGAUGCAGUACACAUGGUGUAUGGCAACCCUGCAAUGGCAGAGCAGGGGAGUUCAGACCACCUGUGGAUCUCACUCCUCUGGAAUGAAGUGGAGCAUCUCCUCACUGUUCCCAGUCACCCAAAACCACCCAGAGUAUCAUCCAAGGUCUGGGGCUCUGCAAGUCCCAGGCCACAUUCCAUGCCCUCCUGGGUGCAGUGUGCCCCAUGCAGAGCUGCUCCUACUAGCCUGGGCCCAGGCACAGGGUUCUGCAGGGACUCUCUCUGCAGACAGCUGCAGGCAUAGGCAGCAGUUGGAAGGAGCCUGUGGCCGUGUUUAAAAAUCUUUCUGCGGUUGGGAGGUUAAGUGACAUGCUGAAGGUUACCCAGAGGAUCAGCCCAGCUCUCCUGAACCCCAAAGCUCUAACCACUAGGGAAGGCUUUCCCUCCACCCCUAAUGAUCUGAUUCUGGUGUCCAGAGGCAGGACUUGGGCAUGCUCUUCUGAUGCAGCCAUGUUUGUAUCUUGUGACACUCUUUGGGGCAGGGAUUGACUGUUUGUGGCCUGUUUGUACAUUGCCUAGCCCAAUGGGGUCCUUAUCCAUGACUAGGGCUUGUAGGUGCUAUGAUAAUACAAAUAAUAAAUGAUAGAAUAAUUCCUGCCAGCUGAGAACAAGAGUAUGGGACAUUCCUUUUCCAAUCUGUGCCUUGAGUUUUCGCCUCCCUCGGCCCAUCCAGGAGACUCAAAAUAUUAGGCUGGUUGUGAAUUUAAUUGUCUUAUAUACAAUUUAAGUACAUUAAACCAAUUAGUGUUGCCUCUUUGGUCCGAGGGGGUUCACAAUAUCUGGGGCCUUGCAGGGUUGUUCGCGUUAGGCUGAGGACUGGCUGCUACAAGUCAGGGCUAUUCCUGGUGUCACAGAGUGGCCACACACUCCAGUGUCCCUGAACACAACAGCAGGCAGUUUCCUUGCUCACAAAUCCUCACAUCUGCCUCUCCAACGAGCUCUGCGCCCAAAAUGCCCUGUGCCUCUGCUGCCUCCCAGGGUCAUGCUGACAACUCCUUCUCCAGGCUUUCUGUCCCCAGCACACAUCACCUGCAACAGAGAGCCUAGCCCCUGCAUCUGCACCCAGGGAAACCCCUAUUAAUCUAUCUCUGUUAUUUCUGGCCUGGCCACGUGGCUCAGUGUCUUACGCAGGCACCCUCAUUGGCUGUGGCUGGUUUUACUACAUAGACAGGCUUGGUUGCUCCAUUUGCGGAACAUAAUGAGGUCUGUGAUUUGUCUUUGGGUCUGAGACCCACCUGAUAGCAGUUGCUAGCAUCUUCCAGCAUAACAAUAUCCCUCUGAAAGGCCUUGGAGCAUGGGAGCAAGCUGCUGCCUUACUAAUGGAUGGCCUGAAUGUGUGGUGAACUCUGUUCUACUCGGCCUUUAUAGUCUGUGAUUGUUGCUAUGCUAGCUGUGACGAAGUGGGAAUGUUGUUAAUGUCUUCUCUGAAUACUGUGUGUGCCUCAGUUUCCCCCUAUGUGUUACUCAAAUAUUUAGGUGGUGGGAGAGAGUGUGUGAUCAUUGCAGCAGCCCAAGAAGGUGUGUGACUGCGACUGAUACUCUGUAGCCUGGCAAUUGAGGGCUGGGCCCCCUCCUCUGUAAGGAUCAGCCGGAGGUGUUGAGGUGUUGCUGCAGACCAGGUGACCUGCUGGCCUGGAGAAAAAGACAAAGGAAUGAGGAGGGGCAACAGGAAUGUCUGGGGGCAGGCAACUGGAACUGGUCAGUUUCUUGUUUGGGACUCAGACUGGGGAAUUCAGGACACCAGGUCCGGGAUUCCCCCAAGAUGGGCUUGGCUGAAAGUCACUGAUUUCUGUGCUAACAAGCUCUGCUCUAUGCUGUGUGCUGUCAACUAAUAAACCUUCCGUUUUACAACACUGGCUGAGAGUCACUGCUGACUGCAGAGUUGGGGUGCAGGGCCCCUCCGGCUUCCCCAGAAGCCUUGCCCAGGCAGACCCCACUGUGGGCAGUGCACACUGUAAUCUCACACCCAUGUAAUCUAACACCCAUCAAAAGUGAUCACUUUGGCAAAGCAGCUCCAUUAUGCUGUGCACCUAGGCAGAAUAUCGUGUCUAUGCAAAUAUGGUCUGUUCCUGAAGCCUUUUACCCCAGUGUGUCACUAGAUGUCAGGGGAGAGCUCAUUCAGACCCUGCUUACACUGAUUCUGUUUUUUCAGUGCCCUUGGGGCGGGGCGGGGCGGGGCAUCACAUGUUCCAGGUUUUCUCCACAACUGGGAGAGUGAGAAACUUGCUUUUCACAGACAUCAUCUUCCUUUCCAAACGCAAGCAGCUGGACAUCAUACCAAAAGGACUAAAGGUAAAAAAUCCAUUACAAUCUACAUAUCACACAGACUAUGCUGAGAGACUGUGUCACACACUCUCAAAGAAACUGCGAAACCACCUGAUCAGCAUCCUAUACAGCAAACAGGGAAAGAUUAAGAAUGAGCUCUCAGAACUAGAUACUCUCAUAAGAAACCAACCUUCCACACAAACUUCCUCAUGGAUAGACUUUACAAAAACUAGACAAGCCAUUUACAAGACAAACUUUGCCUCUCUACAAAGGAAAAAGGACACUAAACUAUCUAAACUGCUACAUGCCACAAGCAGCCACAACAGUAGUUCCCUUAACCCACCCAGCAAUAUUGUUAAUCUUUCCAGCUAUACUCUUAGCCCAGCAGAAGAGUCUGUCCUGUCUCAGGGCCUCUCCUUUUGUCCCUCCAGACUCAUGAAUAUGAUACAGUGACCUAGAAUCCUACUUUCGACGUCUCCGACUCAAAGAAUAUUUCCAACAUACCUCUGAACAGCAUACUAACCCACAGAAUCCCCCCUACCAGCACUACAAAAAAAAAAAGGAUUCUGCGUGGACUCCUCCGGACGGUCGAAACAACAGACUGGAUUUCUACAUAGAGUGCUUCCGUCAAAGUGCAAAGGCUGAAAUUGUGGAAAAGCAACAUCACUUGCCACAUAACCUCAGCAAUGCUGAACACAACGCCAUCUACAGCCUCAGAAACAACCCUGACAUCAUAAUCAAAAAGGCUGACAAAGGAGGUGCUGUCGUCAUCAUGAAUAAAUUGGAAUAUGACCAAGAAGCUGCUAGACAGCUCUCUAACACCACAUUCUACAGGCCAUUACCCUCUGAUCCCACUGAGGAUUACCUAAAGAAACUACACCAUCUGCUAAAAAAACUCCCUGACAAAGCACAGGAACAAAUCUGUACAGACACAUGCCUAGAAUCCCGACCAGGGGUAUUCUAUUUGCUACCCAAGAUCCAUAAACCUGGAUAUCCUGGACGCCCCAUCAUCUCAGGCAUUGGCACCCUAACAUCAGGCUUGUCUGGUUAUGUAGACUCUCUCCUCAGACCCUACGCUACCAGCACUCCCAGCUAUCUUCGAGACACCACUGACUUCCUGAGGAAACUACAAUCCAUCGGUGAUCUUCCAGAAAACACCAUCCUGGCCACUAUGGACGUAGAAGCCCUCUACACCAAUAUUCCACACAAAGAUGGACUACAAGCUAUCAGGAACAGUAUCCCUGAUAAUGUCACAGCUAACCUGGUGGCUGAACUUUGUGAUUUUGUCCUCACCCACAACUAUUUCACAUUUGGGGACAAUAUAUACCUUCAAGUCAGCGGCACUGCUAUGGGUACCCGCAUGGCCCCACAAUAUGCCAACAUUUUUAUGGCUGACUUAGAACAAAGCUUCCUUAGCUCUCGUCCCCUAACGCCCCUACUCUACUUGCGCUACAUUGAUGACAUCUUCAUCAUCUGGACCCAUGGAAAAGAAGCCCUUGAGGAAUUUCACCAUGAUUUCAAUAAUUUCCAUCCCACCAUCAACCUCAGCCUAGAUCAAUCCACACAAGCGGUCCAUUUCCUGGACACUACUGUGCUAAUAAGCGAUGGUCACAUAAAUACCACCCUAUACCGGAAACCUACUGACCGCUACACUUACCUACAUGCCUCCAGCUUCCAUCCAGGACACACCACAUGAUCCAUUGUCUACAGCCAAGCUCUAAGAUAUAACCGCAUUUGCUCCAAUCCCUCAGAUAGAGACAAGCACCUACAAGAUCUCUAUCAAGCAUUCUUAAAACUACAAUACCCACCUGCUGAAGUGAAAAAACAGAUUGACAGAGCCAGACGAGUACCCAGAAGUUACCUCCUACAAGACAGGCCCAACAAAGAAAAUAACAGAACACCACUAGCUGUCACCUUCAGCCCCCAACUAAAACCUCUCCAGCGCAUCAUCAGAGAUCUACAACCUAUCCUGAAAGAUGAUCCUUUACUCUCACAGAUCUUGGGAGACAGACCUGUCCUCGCUUACAGACAACCCCCCAACCUAAAGCAAAUACUCACCAGCAACCACACAUCACUGAACAAAACCACUAACCCAGGAACCUAUCCUUGUAACAAACCCCGAUGCCAACUCUGUCCACAUAUCUAUUCAAGUGACAUCAUCAUAGGACCUAAUCACAUCAGCCAUACUAUCAGGGGCUCGUUCACCUGCACAUCUACCAAUGUGAUAUAUGCCAUCAUGUGCCAGCAGUGCCCCUCUGCCAUGUACAUUGGCCAAACCGGACAGUCUCUACGCAAAAGAAUUAAUGGACACAAAUCUGACAUCAGGAAUCAUAAUACUCAAAAACCAGUGGGAGAACACUUUAACCUGUCUGGUCAUUCAGUGACAGACCUGCAGGUGGCUAUAUUACAACAGAAAAACUUCAAAAACAGACUCCAACAAGAGACUGCUGAGCUGGAAUUGAUAUGCAAACUAGACACAAUCAACAAAGGAUUGAAUAAGGACUGGGAAUGGCUGAGCCAUUACAAACAUUGAAUCUAUCUCCCCUUGUAAGUAUUCUCACACUUCUUAUCAACCUGUCUGUACUGGGCUAGCUUGAUUAUCACUUCAAAAGUUUUUUUUCUCUUACUUAAUUGGCCUCUCAGAGUUGGUAAGACAACUCCUACCUGUUCAUGCUCUCUGUAUGUGUGUAUAUAUAUCUUCUCAAUAUAUGUUCCAUUCUAUAUGCAUCCGAAGAAGUGGGCUGUAGUCCAUGAAAGCUUAUGCUCUAAUAAAUUUGUUAGUCUCUAAGGUG